AUGUGGUCACCAGAAGGGAAUCCAAUCUUGAGAGAAUAUGCAAUAAUGGUCCGAAAACCACAUUCUGCCAUGGAAAAUGAUUCUUUGGGUUCAAGAUGCUGUUCAUGCUCAACUGAGCACUCUCCUGUUAGCUCUCCCAUUGCCCUACGAUGCAGGUCUACAAGACUAAGCAAUUUAUUAAACAAGACUGAAGUGCUAGAUCGAUACAUCGAUAGAGAGCAUGAAGAUACCAUUGCAAAUGAGAAACAGAAGCAUUACUCCCCUGCCACAUCUAUGGUUUCUAAUUGGGGGAGGCCACCUCGACCCCAAUCUACUGUACCAUCUUUGCCAAAAUCAAUGAAACAGAUCACUGAGACCUAUUCAGGUGUGGACUUAAAGGAUGCCUGCCUUGGACAACUUGCUCAAGAUGGUACAGGAGACACAUGCAAGAUUGUAACUCUGUGCAAUACGAGUAGAAACCAUGUAAGCUUGUCAGAAGUUUUUGAGAGAUUUCUAUAUUCAGAAGAUUAUAAAUCAGAAAGUGCCACAUCCGUUGAAGAUAUUUACGAAGAUUUGCAAGAUGUGAGACCUCCAAAUGUUUUUUGCCACUCCACCUGUCCUAUUUCAGGGGAGCAAGAAACUGAUGACAGGUUGCUUCAAAGAGCUAAAGAAGUUGAAUCAAGGUUUAUUGUUCCUUCUGGAGAUGAAUAUGAAUUCAGCGUGCUCAGAGAUAAGCGAUUAAGCUCAAAUGACAUGUUACAAUUGAUCCAGCGUUUGACUGAAGAUAGGAAACAACUAGCCCAUGAACUAUCUUCGCAGAUUAAGGCACGUGUUACAGAAAGAUGUACCGCCAAAGAGCAAUAUAAAGAAUCAAAGAAAGAAUUGGACACCAGAACUAGGAGGCUGGAGAAGGAGAAGAGUGAAUUACAAAUUACUCUGGAGAGAGAGAUGGACAGAAGGUCACAAGAUUGGUCUGUCAGGCUAUUGAGAUUUCAAUCUGAAGAAGAGAGACUACAUGAACGGGUGAGAGAACUUGCAGAGCAGAAUGUCUCAUUUCAGAGAGAAGUUACUUUUCUUGAAGGGGAGGUAACUAGGGUUUCGAUGAGAAGACGGGAUGGUGCUUACCCGUUGGGUUUGAAGGGGAUGGAGGAGAGCAGGAGAGGUGGUCCUCGGCGUUGGCGUCAGGGGCGGCGGCGGCUCCUCCUCCGUGGGGGGUGA